UUCCGUUGACUGAGCGAAAAAAAUCAAAUUAAACAGAAAAAGUAAAUAAAGACAAGAAGAAUAAAGCGAUCUCAGUUCAUAUAAAAAACGAUGAAAAAAAUUACAUAGCAAAUAGAAUAAAAACACGGACAAAUAAAAACAGUGCGAGAAAAUGAAUCAAAUACGAAAAGAGACGGUUCAUAUUCGUUCCCGCGUAAAUCGACUUCGAAUACGCACACAAAGCGACAAGGUGUGGUGAAUUUCCAAAUGUCAAACAGCAAGUGUCACGGCUGACAUUGGAACGUCGUUCACUUUCCAGUGCAGCGACGCAUUUCGCAAAAAGCAAACAGGUACAUCGAAUCAGAUAGUCGCAAAACGCUCAACACUGCGGACGAGUUUCGUUUGUUAUCUCAGCACUGUGUUUGUGUAUUGGUGUUCCGUUAUGCUGUGUAUCAAAGCAAUGCAAUGCGAUGGGAAAAAAAAGAAGCCGUGCGACCGUAGCCAUCUUGUGAAAACAGCAAAUUGACGUGGAAAAAAGUGACUUUUUGUAAAAAGUGGAACUUUGUGUUGGUUUUUUCGGAAAGAAAACGAAAUCUAAUCAGAGUUAUUCGAUGUUUUUUUAACGAAAAUCCAGCAUAAAUCGAUUAUCGAAGUGAAUUUAGUUCGAAUUGAGUAAAUGUGAUUGGCAUAAAUUGCAUUCGUUUUUGUUCACAAUCGAUUAGUUUUGCUGAAACAAUGAAUUUUUGUGCGUAAUUGCUAAAUGUGUUGGCGUAAAUUGCAUUGGUUUUUAGUUUUUGGUGUGUGAUUUGAUAGUUUGAACGAAGACCCAAUCAAGAUUGUAAAUGUGGCGCAAGUUCUGAUUGGAAUUUACUGCCUUAUGCCGAUAUCAUAAGACAGAAAAGUGCAAAAUCAGUCCAGAGACAACAUAAUCAGCACGGAAAAGUUCAUUCGGUUCGAACAGAACGACACAAUUUCCAAACAUCUUGUGAAAAAGCACAAUCAAGGUCUCAAAAAUGGCGGAACAGGUAGAAAGUGACCAAGUGAACAAAGAAUCGAAUGUCAAACAAAAUGUCGAACAAACCAUCCUACAUCGCGCAAAGGUUAUCGACAAAGACCUCGCUGAAUAUCAAAAAAAAUGCAAAAACCCAGAGAAAAUUCACGAAAUUCCAUGGGACAAAGUCCUAGGUUACAUUGCAUACAUGUCUGAACGUUUGACUGAUGAAGAAGGUCAUCGAUUUAGCGCCAGUUUCAUAGGCUAUUUGAAGCUUAUAUCGAUAAUGGUCAAAGAGCCACCGGUCGAUUUUUGCAAGAAUUUCAAUAGGCUAACAAAACUGCUGUGCAAUUUAUGCUCAAAGAUUGGUGAGCAGAUCACACUCUACGAUCGAGUAUUGAAAGUUUGGCUUGAACUACUCGAAUUGGUUCCCAAUCAACAAAAACACACCGCACGGCUUAAAUACGACAAGGAAUUCAAAAUGUGUGCACAAUCCAUGGCCAGUGCCAGUUCAGCCUCGGUGCAACACAAAUUACUUGACAUCAUUCGUGCAUAUUUCGAUGAGGAUUCGAAAGAUCCUUCGGAAUGGAUGGGUGCGCUGUUCAAAAAGGUGCCGUUCCGCACAAAUGAUCUUCAUGAUUACGUUAAAAUCGAUUACAGUUCGUUUGCUCAGAAGCAAAUGUUGAUCCACCGCUUCAACCAGCGGCUUCAACAACCAACCGUCUUCACGGAAUCCGCUCGAACCGUGCAGAUCGACAGUGAAAUAUUCACAUUCGAGAAUGGUGCUGGCUUCAUCCAUUUGAACGAGCCAGCCAAUACUGUUGAAUUGUGGGUACGAUUCAACGGAGAUGACUUGAAGGUGACCAUUCGAGCAAAAAACAUCAUCAACAUUCAUAUCGUGGACUAUGGCUCACCAUACGCAAUCGAAAUGGUGUUCAAUCUAAAUUCAUCAGUGCGAAUUGAAACGGCACAAGGGGAUAAGGCCAACUCGCAAAAGUUGCUAGGCAAAAACAUCAAAGUGAAAUAUGAAUGUGGAUUUCUCACGUCACAAUUGCAGCCGCUGCUUCGCAAAAUGUUCAAAAAAGAGGCCGAAAUCAUUUCAAGCGAGCAGAUGAAGGAUGAUUCAGAGGUGAUGGAGGAUGAUUCAGAGCAAGAUUCCGAUAUUGAGAUAGUUGAACUCGAAAAUGAGGUACAAAUUGCAUCGGCAACUGCAAAACGAAUUAAACCGAUCGAAGUUGAGCCCACAUCAAGCUACGCUUCUACAACGCCGGUGAAGAUGAUGAAACCGUCUGAUUUCGUUGAUUUGGUGAGAGAUGAUUCACCACCGGUGGUCGUGAAGAAGGAGCAAAGAGUGCCAAAAGAGUCAAGAGUGUCAAGAAAGCAGCCGUUCGAACCAAGACAAAUUGAGGUCGAUGAAGUGAUCAGUUUGUCGAACGAUGAAAUGGACCAGAGUCCCAAGAAGAAACCGAUCAAAGUUCUGGCCGAUCAUACAAUUUCAACGAGCUCAUUUUAUGCGAGCGAGAAGAAACCUGAUAUUCACAAUGCAUCAUCAUCAUCAUCGUUCCCGAAACCCAUGACAAGCCAGUCGAAUCAAGCUCCAGAGCAGAAACCGACAAAGCGAAAGGCAGCUCAAAAAGCGGCUGGGAGCAUUAAGAACAUGGCUGAUAAUGUAUUCGAUUUCCCAGUCGAAUCUGAUGAGCCAAAGGCCAAAGUGAAAAGAACGCCACGCAAAGCGGUUCCACCACGCAAAUUCACGUUACCACCUGUCGCUGUGGCCAGCAGUCCAUUCAAACGAGAAGGACCGAAACAAGCGCGAAAAUUGUACCGCGAAACAGACAUCAUAGAUGUUGAGAUGGUCGAAGAAGAGAAACCGAAAAAAACAAACGUUUGGCAAAGCGAUGAAUUGACUGGUGGAAGCUUCAGAAGCUCAUUCAACGGUGAUACUCAGAAGCAGAAUAAACGUGUUUUCGACAAUUUGGGUCGAAUCAAUGAAAAUGCUGCCGUCAACAGACAAAGCGCAAGCUUUUCCUACCGGGCCGCAUCAUUAUCGCGGAAAAAACUACAAUCAGCCGAUUCAACCAUUGUGUCAAAUGAAUCCAAUAAUGCGCUCGUCCACUUUGACGGUUCAAACGAUGAGAACAUCGAUGCAAAUUCCAACAUCAAAAGCUGUUUGUGCGGGAGGCUUGAUGCCAAAGCAAUCGAUGAUCUGAAGACGAUUUCUCAGUUAACACAUAACAUCCUCUCCACAGUGGACACCAACUCGAGACAAUGUCGAUGCACACCGUCGAUAGGAUCAUAGUCCAGCUCAAAUUGAAUGCAAGCAACGAGAAAGCAGCCAUCGUGCAACUCAUUUAGCUGGCGACGAUGUGCUCAAAGAAUCCAAUAAACUGAAUCAUUGAUCCAAAUAGGUUAGAAUUAUUGUGAAACUGUUGAAUUUUUGGUUUCUAAAUUAAUGAAAAUAGUUGAUUUUGUUUUUGAAAAAGAGCUCGUUAUGUCCUCAAAAGCGUAUCUUUCUCAUCAAUCCAUUAACCGUGUAUUUAUCAGUCGCGAGAUCGAUCUGGUUGAAAGAAAUUAAAAAGAGUUACUACUUUAGUUUUUUUUUUUUGAUGAAAUUGAUUUUGUUCAAAAAAACAAAAAAAGAUUUGUUCCAAAUGUCAAUGAAUUGAAUUAGAUUGUGAAUUCUCAUUUCGUUCAAUGGAAUGAGAGUUUUCGUCGUUCAUCAUGUUUUGAAAAUUUGCCUUAAUUUAUCCAACUAGAAUCAAUCUUACUAACAAUAUUUGAGUCGUAAACGAUAAUCACAUUUCCCCAUGAAUAUAUUGCUGGUAGUCCGGAAGACAGCCAAUGACAUCUCUAAACCAACUUAUUGAAUCAUCGAAUAUUUCGAGUAACUUUUUUCAAUCGUGUGUGGCUUGAGUUGAAUAUAAUCAACUUUACGGCGACACUAGCAGCUUCUCUGCGCACACACAUCGUAGAAGAGAGUACAAAAAUCAUAGUAUUUUGGCAAAUGCAUCGAGUAAUCACUGCGAAACAUCAAUAUGUUUUGGCUAACGCGUAGUACCGGCCCACAAAGAAGCUGUUAGCGUCGUCGUAAAGUUGAUUAUAUUCAACUCAAGCCAUACACGUUUGAAAAAAGUUGCCGAAAAUGACAAUGAAUCAAUGAGUUGGAAUUGAGAUGGCAUUGACUGCUAUGUGUCAAAUGACUUACAUUUAAAAUGUAUUGUGGCACUUUCCCUAUGCAUUUCCCAAGUCUUCAUUUUAGUAGUCUUGUCACUGACGAGUGCACAUUUUUGUACAUUUGAGCAAUUAAGCGAAUCGUAAUCACUUUCAAAAAACAGCUCAGAGGCAUAACCUUGACUUGAGAGUGAUUUCAUAAGAACUAAGAAGGCACAAAAUUUAUUUAUUCGUUAUUCAUAUAUAUAAAUAUUUACACAUCCAAAUGUUUCCAAUGAAAAUUAAAUUGAAUAUUUUUGCUGAAAUAAAUCUCAUGGAGAGUAAUUCAAUGGAACGUA